UUUCCUAAAAAAUUAAUUAAAUUCCACAUAUAUAUAUAUAAUAAAAUAAUAAUAACAAAAUGAAGCGCUUAAGUGAUGAACGAGCAAAGAUUUUAUUCGAGAAGCUAUCAAAAUACAUUGGAACUAAUGUCAAACAACUGAUAGACCGCCCUGAUGGAACUUACUGCUUUCGGGAGCAUUUAGAUCGUGUGUAUUAUGUUUCCGAAAAGAUAUUGAAGCUGUCCGAAUGUUUUGGUCACAAGAAAUUGAUUUGUGUCGGUACCUGCUUUGGCAAAUUCUCCAAGACGAACAAGCUUAAAUUCCAUAUUACCGCCCUUUACUAUUUGGCCCCCUAUGCGCAAUACAAAGUGUGGGUAAAAUCUUCAUUUGAACAACAAUUUUUAUAUGGCAACCACAUACCGAAAUCUGGCUUGGGUCGUAUCACUGAAAAUGCCGGUCAGUAUCAAGGAGUCAUGGUUUAUAACAUGAACGACUUGCCAUUGGGUUUUGGUGUUUUAGCGCGAUCGACGACAGAAUGCAAAACAGCCGAUCCCAUAACAACAGUUUGUUUCCAUCAAUCGGAUAUUGGAGAAUAUAUACGUUCAGAAGAUACUUUGUUUUAGUGGUAAAUUACUUUUACAAUCUAGUGUGUAUGUGUUUUUUAAGGAGUACGAAAUAAAAGGAUAUUUUUAAUGCA